AUGACUGACGCAACCGCCAAAGCCACCUCCACCGAGGUCGGUAGCAUCGAAGAGUCUGUCAAGGACAACAAGCGGGAUGCUGCCAAGCAGUCCGAGCAGACCGCAGCCAAGGAGCUCGCUGACGACGACGAGGACGACGAAGAAGAUGAAGACUUUGAAGAGGACGAGGAGGAGGACGAGGAAGGAGAUUACGAAGAGGAAGAAGAGGACGAAGAAGCUGCUGGUGCUGACGACGACGACGACGACGCUGAAGAAGAAGCGCAAGAAGAGGACGAAGAAGCAGGUGAGGAAGAUGAAGAGGAGGAGGAGGAAGAAGACGAGAACGAUGCAGAAGCAGGUGCAGGCAGCAAAAGGAAAGCCGACGAUGAAGGAAACGACGACGAGAGCAAAGCUGCAAAGACGUCCGAUGAGUAA